AUGUCUCAUCCUGACCUCUUGCGCGAUUUCUUCAGCACCAUCAGUCGGAUUGUGAGUUCCGACGAUGAAGUCGGCAUUUCCGACGACUUCAAGUGUGCUGGUGGAAAUCCAUCAGCCGUUCGUGAAUGGUUCCUGGCCCAAUGCGAACGGAUUCAAUCUUGGGAGAACCAGAACAUCCCAGGAACCAUCACAGCCGCUGUCGGCUACAUCUUGAGUGUCCUGCUCUUCGGAACAGUGCACUCAAAGUUGGGCACCUUCAAAGCCAAAAAGGCCACCAAUUUCAGCGAAGCUGCAAAGCGUCUGGUGGGGCGAGCUCCAAACUAUCUCAAGGCUCUCCAGGAAGCAAAGGUCCCAGGACUCACCCACAAUUCGAUCGUCGCUGGACUCCCUGAGAUCAGUCUCUGUCUGGCAAGCCGAAUGGGUGACAGGCCAUAUCCAGCUUUGCUGCAAUUGCCGAUCAACGAAGACCUGCGCAUUGCACUUGAAGAGUCGAUCGACAAGCAGCUCUUGGCCGAGAAGAACCCGAAUCAAGAUGCUGCUUAUUCUGCCAAACAGGCUCAGCGGAGGUCUCCCUUCAUGACCCUCUAUGGAGGAGAUCGCAUGAAGCGCUUGGCCGUCUCCUUGUUCAAGGAGAAAAUCCUGGCGUUCGAGGUGGAGGUCAACUCGGCAGGCAAGGCAGCUGCCGCAUCGGAACACCAGCUCCGCUCCCUCCUGUCUGGAUGGGCGCGGUUCCAGGCAAUGCUCAAUGAAGAGAUCGCACAGUUGUGCGCUGCUGAAGUUGCCAAAAGGGCGAGAAGCACAGCGAGCUCUAGCAGGAAGCCCGACAAGACUGAGGACCACAGCCUUCUCCAGCGAGCAAAACCAGCCGUCAUACUUACCCCGAGGCACAACCACCCUCGGGACGACUUCGAAGCUGACGAUGUUUACCUCAUGCAGACUGACAUGAAACCGUGGCAACCACCCGGGUCGGGCCCGCAUCUAGCCCGGCAUCCACAGGAUAUCCCUCAGGCCCUGAACGCCGCUUUCGCAGCCAUGCCAACGGCGACGGCAAGAGCAAGGGCCAGAGGCUUGCUGUACCAGGUGAUGAACCACCCUGACGAACUGGUGGUGGACAAGGAUAACCUCCAAGCAGUCUUGGUUACGUACGCUCUGGAACCUGGGGAAUCUCCUGAGGAUCCACCACCGGGAGCAGGCCUACGAUGCCUGUGGGUGUCCUGGUGGUGGCGCCGAUGCAGUGGCGUCUUCAGCCCAGACCCAGAGGACGAGGUGGAGACAGUGGACGCGGAUUCGGACGCGCGGGAGGAGGCCGCACAGCUGGAGAAGUUCCUCGCCGAGAAGGAGGAUGAGGAGAAGGCAGAGGAGGCGGCAGUCCGGUGGCACCUGGAACAACGGGCAAGUGAGCAACAGCAGGCAGAGGACGACGCCGUGAUGACAGAGGCCGGGGGGUACUCAUAUAGGCCCCCGAAGCUCCGACCGUCAGUGAGCUUCAGAAGCACCAUGGGCCCCUACAGCCGGGAGUUUUCCUUGGACCUCAAGCCUGGGACUCCAUGGACGCUGACCGUCGCAGCCAACGUGGAUACCCAGUCAGGUCAGUGGACAUCACCACCGAGUGGCUCCACGGAUGCCCCACAGCCCACGGACACGCAGAGCGGCCGCUACCACCCACAAGACCCAUGGGUGGUUGGUAUGCUGGCCUUGUGGCAGAAAGGCACUUACACAGAUGAACAGGUCCGGCGGGCAGGUGGCACAGCUCUACUGCGCUACUGCCAACAGACCACGGACGCCCAGCAGACCGUCUUCAGCAUGAACGACCCGUGGACGUAUGGGGUCAGCGAGAUGUGGAAGGCCGGCCGCUUGACUGACGAACAGGUGCUGAGGAGAGGAGGACGCCACCUGUUGGCUUUCCUCAAAGAGUGCGCCAUGGGACUCCCCGAGGACACUGGAGCUGAGGCGCAUGCAGAGACGGAAGCUCAGCCCACUCUCCUCUUCUCCACAGGGGAGAUGCAUGGUCCGGUCGGGCUCAGUGAAGCAGAAACGCAGUUGCUGCCCGGAAUGGCCCACGAGGAUGGCAGGGAAGAACCGGUGUGCCGUCGAUCACGAGCUCACUCUAAUGGACGUCGUCGUUUGAGCGGGGGCACUCCAGUCUCGAGUGACAAGGAUGAUUAG